AUGCAAACCACUCGUCUUGCAUACACAACGGCCAGAGCCAUCCCGAGAGGCCGACUUGGGCUCCACAACUCUCCGUUGGUCUUCGGUACCAGAUCGCUCCAGCAGGCUUCCAACAGAGGCAUUCACACCAAGCCAGCGGCCAAGGCCGUGGCGACCUCCAUCCCGAAGCAGGACGUUGUUUCUGACGACCCAAAUGCGUACCUUGCGACCUUGAAGACGUCUGAGUUACUCUCCUACUCCAUCAUCGGUAUGGCUACCUUGACCAAGCCGAUCUUGAACCUUGUGAUCAAGCUUUUCCCAUAUGUGCCAAUGUGGGCCAUUAAGGGUCUUGUCUACAAGACCUACUGCGGUGGUGAGACCAUCUCCGAUGUCAUUGCUACCGGCCAGCGCUUGCACCAAAGAAAUAUCAAUAACAUGAUGAUUUCCUUGACCAUCGAAGGCUGCGACGGUGACACCGGCUUUGAAGCCCUGUACAUUGUCGACGAAACCAAGAAGUCUGUCACCGACAUCUUGGUUCCCCACAUGGUCAAAAUGUUGAGCGAAGCCGCGCCAUCUGAGAUCAACUCUAUUCCGGCCGGCUACGUCGCCUUGAAGCCUACCGGCUUGGUUAAGGACGCGGCCAAUGUUUUGAGACACUUUGAUCAACCAUCUCACUCCGCCCGGUUCGAGGAGUUGGUGGCCAACUCUGCUGCCAUCAUCGACAUUAUCUACAAGAAGAACGUUGAGUUGAGCAAGGCUUAUCCCGAGAGAGUCUCUCCAUUCGUUGUUGGUGUCAUUGACGCCGAGAGAUUCGAGUUGCAGGAGGGUGUCUACGAGUUGCAGCGUCGUUUAUACUCCAAGUACAACCCUGUCAAUAAGCCGGUUUCUGUCGUCGGUACCAUCCAGAUGUACUUGAAGAACUCUAUGGAGAUUUUGACCAAGGACAUGGCCAUUGCCGAGAAGGAAAACUUCCGAGUCGGUGUCAAGUUGGUCAGAGGCGCGUACAUCCACUCCGAGCCCGACAGAAACGUUAUCCACAACACCAAGGAGGAUACCGACAAGAACUACGAUGCCGGCAUCGCAUUGGCCAUCGACCAGAUCUUGACCAACAAAAACAAGCAGGCUUCUACUAUCGGCCACUUGGUUGUUGCCUCCCAUAACGGCGACUCUCAGUUGAAGGCUACCGAAUUGAUCAAGUCCUACUCUACCACAGACUCUCUCACCUCCGUCCAGUCUCAAUCCCAGCAGUCUGGUAAUAUUGCCUUGGCUCAGUUGAUGGGUAUGGCCGACAACGUUACCUACGACUUGAUCAACAAGCACGGCGUCAAAAACUUGAUCAAGUACGUCGCUUGGGGUCCAGCUCCACAGACCAAGGAGUACUUGUUGAGGAGAUUGGAGGAAAACGGCGACGCCAUGAGAGCCGAUUCCGGUUGGGGCUUGUUGAAGGGCUGUUUGCAGGUUUUGGGCAAGAGAGCCUUCUAA